AUGGCUUCUACUUCUGGAACUAAGAAGCCUAAAGGGCCUAAGCUCCCUAAGAAGACAUAUCUUCCACACUCUAACUCCGAUGAAGAUGCAUUUGACUUUAGCUUCUUGGAUUUUUCUGAAGAAACUUUCAAAGCCCCCUCAAGACUAUGUGAUGAUCAGUUUCUUAACUUAUUGUGUGAUGAAAACGUAUUAAGGAGGAGUAUUGAUGGAAUAGUAGAUGAUGGAGAUAUUCCUGGUGUCCAACAAAAAGAGCAUGCCCACUUAGAUGAGGAUAAUGAAGAUGUUGGUGUGGAGUAUAGGGUGCAUGAUCCCAAUGUUGACUGGAAAGAUAUGAGGCCCCGAUUUGGAGACUAUGAAAGAACAUUCCAGAUAAAAUAUUGUAAUGAAAUGCAUUUGUGUGCUAGGAAUUAUCAUUUUGGUUCCUUAGUUACUAGCAGUUGGUUAGCCAAACACUACCUGAAAGAUGUGAUCAUGAAGCCCAAGAUGACAUUGCUAGAGAUCCAAGCAAAUGUGCUGCAAAGGUUUUCAAUGAGUGUAACUCUUGGGCAAGGCCAAAGAGCAAGGGCUACUGCAAUGAGGAUGAUAGAAGGGAAGUUAGAAGACCACUAUGCCAAGGUUUGGGACUAUGCAACUACAAUUAGGUUGAGUAAUUCGGGUACAACUUGCUUGGUGGGGGUAGAAAGUAAUAUGGGGUUUAACUAUUUCAAAAAGUUUUAUGUUGGCUUCAAGGCUUUUAGAGAUGGAUGGAGCAGAGGAUGUAGAAGGUUAAUAGAACUAGAUGGUAGUUUCUUGAAGGGGCAGGUUAAGGGGGAGAUUUUAACUGCUAUUGGGAGGGAUGCAGACAACCAUGUCUACCCAAUAGCAUGGGCAGUUGUGAAUGUUGAGAAUAAGGACAACUGGACCUGGUUCAUUGAUAAUUUGGUUGCUGAUUUGGAUCUUGGUGCUGGAAAUGGAUUGGUUAUUAUCUUAGACCAACACAAGGGACUUUUACAGGCUGUGGCAGACCUACUCCCUAAUGUUGAGCACAGACAAUGUGCUAGACACAUCUUUGCAAAAUUUAGAAAGAAAUUCACAGGAUUAGAGCUAAAGAGUUUGUUUUGGGAAGCUGCUAUGAGUACAGUGGAAGGGGACUUUCUUGCUACAAUGGAGAAGAUAAAGAAGAUAACAAAAACAGGAUACAAUUAUCUUAUGGCAAGGAAACCUGAAACUUGGUGCUGA